AUGGGUGUCAACGGGCUUUGGACGGUGAUCCAGCCGUGUGCACGGCCUACCAAUCUGGCAACGCUCAAUCGAAAGCGCCUGGCCGUGGAUGCAUCGAUUUGGAUCUACCAGUUCCUCAAGGCUGUUCGCGAUAAAGAAGGCAAUGCGCUUCGCAACUCUCAUAUUGUGGGGUUCUUUCGGCGCAUCUGCAAGCUUCUGUGGUUCGGUAUCCAACCCGUCUUUGUGUUUGAUGGCGGCGCUCCAGCAUUGAAGCGAGCAACCAUUCAGAAGCGCAAACAGAGGCGAGAGGGAAGACGAGAAGAUGCCGUCCGGACCGCUGGAAAGCUUCUGGCUAUUCAGAUGCAGCGACUCGCAGAGGAAGAGGAGGAAAAACGCAAAAGGGAAAAGGAGAGACCGCGCCCGGUAGAACCAGAAGAAGAAAUACCCAAUGCCAACGAACUGGUUUACGUUGAGGAGAUUGGCAUGUCUCAGCAAGAGAGGCUGCGAAAUCGCAAGUUUUAUAAGCAAGAUGCCUAUCACCUGCCAGAAAUCGAGGGUGGGAUAGCAUCAAUGGGAAAGCCAGACGAUCCUCGAAUCAUGAGCGUAGAGGAGUUGGAAGAAUAUGCACGCCAAUUCAACAACGGAGAAGACAUCAACUUGUACGACUUUAGCAAGAUUGAUUUCGACGGCGACUUCUUCAAGAGCCUUCCGCCGCCAGAUCGGUACAACAUUCUCAACGCGGCGAGAUUGAGGAGUCGACUCAGAAUGGGUCUGAGCAAGGAACAGCUUGAUGAUAUGUUUCCUGAUCGCAUGGCUUUCUCGAGAUUUCAAAUUGAAAGAGUUCAGGAGAGAAAUCACUUGACGCAGCGACUCAUGUAUGAAAUCGGAAUGUCAGGCACUGACCUGACCCUCGGUGUCAAUGCACGUAUUGCGGGAGAAAGAGAUCGAGAAUACAUCUUGGUGAAGAACGAGGGUGUGGAAGGAGGCUGGGCUCUUGGAGUGACAAAGGAAGAAGAGAGCGAAGAAGAAGACUUUGAAGAUGUGCCAAUUGUGGGCGUCAAUCGACUACCAAAAUUGUCCCAGUCAGAUGCUGCAAGCUUUCAAGCUGCUCAAGAUAUAAGCGGCAGACGACAGCAAUUUUACGCAAGCCACAGACAGGAUGCUGUCAAUGACGAAGGCGCCAACGAAGACUCUUUGUUCGUUGGCGGAAGACUGGAUCCGACAGAAAAUACUUUCGAGGAACAGCCUGCGGAGCAUAUGCAUCCAGAAGAGGAGCAUGAUCUCAAUCUUGCAAUCGCUUUAUCAUUGCAGAGCCAGCACGGGAUUGGCCGGGAGUCAGAAGACAACAUCGAUGUGGAUGAUGACGUCCGAGACGAGCCUGAGUGGACUCAAAAAGCCGUGGAAGCGCCAAAGCCUAUCGGUCGUAGUAGUGGCUCAAUGAUUGCGCACAUUGUGAACAACCGGGCCAAUGCAGCUGUUCCGAAACGACAAGAAGUCCCAGUAUCACAGGACAAGGCAAAAGAGAGCGACAGUGAUGACGAUAUGCAGGCAAUCCUAGCAAAGUCACGGAAGAUGAAGAAACCUCAACCAAAGCCAGCUUUUGAGAAUAAGAAGAACCCAUUUGAUGGACCGCUUCCGUUUCCAAAGCUGGAUUGGGGUUCAUCUCUGUUUGCUAAGAAAAAGACGCCUCAAGAGAAACCAAUUGUGGUUACAGCGGGUGGAGAUGACGGACAACUGGAUAAGGAGGGAGAACAAGAAGAUGGCUUAGGCGGCGGCUUCGAAGUUGUUGAACCUCAGCAAGAAGAUGGCCCCAAGCCGCUGCCUCCGUGGCUAGUAGAUGAUGACACAGAUAUUCGAGAAGCAAUCAAGAAACAGCAAGACGUUGAAAGAGAAAUCAAUGCUCAGGAUAGAGCUGAAGCGGAGGAAGAAGAAAACCUUCGACGAAAAGAGUUACGGGAUAAAUUGAUCGAAAUUCCCUCUGAGGAUGAGGAUGACGAUGCUAGCGAUGAUGUCAAAAUUAUUGAGAUACCACCAUCGCCAGAACCGGCACCGAUUUCUAGCCCUACGGUCGACAAAGUCCCAGAGGAUGAUUUAAACAUCGAGCCACCUACAAAUGAGCCUGCUCCUGAGGAGAAGGGAAGAGUAGAGAGCGAAUCGCCCGAGCCUGAGUUUGAAGAAAUUCCCAUACUCGAGGCUCCCACUGCUCCACCGGUUGUUGAACCGCAGGAGAGCCAUGAUUCACCCGAACCUGAGUUUGAAGACGUCCAGCCAGCGGACAGCACAGUAGCUCAGGGAGAUCCGCAAGCAGAUGCUUUCUUAAUUGAAAGCCUUCCCUUGGGUCAACCUCCAGCAGAUGGCAUUGCGGAUGACGAUGACCUAUUUGCCGAGAUGGCUGAAGAAGCAGAGGAACAUGCACGCUUCGCUAGUGAACUGAACAAGAAGUCUACGCAGCAAAACAAAGAAGACUAUGAGCGAGAACUAAGGGCACUUCGAAAUCAGCAGAAGAAGGAUCGUCGUGACGCAGACGAGGUGACUCAGACCAUGAUUACAGAGUGUCAGGCUUUGCUUCGCCUCUUUGGUAUCCCUUAUAUCACCGCGCCAAUGGAAGCAGAAGCGCAGUGUGCAGAGCUGGUACGGCUUGGCAUGGUUGACGGCAUCGUCACAGAUGAUUCUGACACCUUUCUCUUUGGAGGAACACGAGUCUACAAGAAUAUGUUUAACAGCAACAAAUUUGUCGAAUGCUAUGUCGGCGCAGACCUCGAUAAAGAAAUGUCCCUAUCUCGAGACCAGCUCAUCUCCCUCGCUCAGCUCCUGGGGUCGGAUUACACAGAAGGACUGCCUGGCGUUGGUCCGGUUACGGCCGUCGAGAUUCUAUCCGAGUUCCCUGGCAAAGAUGGCCUCGACAGGUUCCGUGAAUGGCGCAAGUUCCGCAAGUCACAGGCCACUAAGCUCUUCUUGCCGCUCGGCUUCCCAAGUCCAGCCGUUUACGAAGCCUACCUUCACCCAAUGGUCGACAGCAGCACGGAGCCGUUUCAAUGGGGUGUGCCUGAUGUGGCAGGGCUGCGAGAGUAUCUCAUGGCCACCAUCGGAUGGGGCAAAGAGCGCACGGAUGAGGUGCUCGUGCCGGUGAUUCGGGACAUGAACAAGCGGGAGAUUGAAGGCACGCAGAGCAACAUUACGAGGUUCUUUGGCGGGAGUGUUGGCGCUGGCGCAAGGGAGACGUUUGCUCCCAGGCAGAGAGUUCAGGGGAGCAAGCGAAUGGCGGCUGCGGUGGAUAGACUGAGGGCGAAUCUGGCUGGGGAAGAGGAGGCUCCGGAAUCAGGGGAGGGUUCAGAGACUAACAAACGUAGGAAAACGAACAGGCAGAGGCAUGCUUGA